AUGUCGGGCCGCCCGCGCGUGGAGAUCGCGCCGUCCAGCGCGCUGCCGUCCUACGACCGGUUCCAGCCGCACCGCGCGGCGCCCGUGAACGAAGCGCAGCUCAGCAUCGCCCAGCGCCUCGUGCUCGAGAACAAGAAGCGCGCGCUCCACUCGGCGCGCGAGCGCAACACGCAGGAAGUGGUCGCGGCUCUGCAGCACACGCCCGUGGAGAUCGGGGCGCACAUUUGGAUCCCCGACCCCGAGCGCGUGUGGCGCGUGGUGGAGAUCGUGCGCUACGAACAGGCCGACGACCCCGAGCAGGGUAUGGUCUUGACCGUGCGGGGCCAGUUUGGCCACGAGACGGUCGACCUUCGGGACAUUGGCGACCUCUACAAGGUCAAUCCCCGCGUCGUGGACGACAUGACGGGUCUCUACUACAUCCACGAGGCCGGGAUCUUGGCGAACUUGAACGUGCGGUCGAAGAUGGACAACCUGCGGCCGUAUACGCUCAUGGCCAAUGUGCUGAUUGCUGUGAACCCACUGGUGCGCACGGUGGAGCCCAAAGUCACGGACUAUAUCAAGACGCAGAUGGGCGACUGCCCCCCGCACCCCUACGCGAUUGCCGAAGUGGCGUUCCAGCAAAUGGCGCUGCGCACACCGGCGCAGUGCCAGUCGAUUGUCAUUUCCGGCGAGUCGGGAGCUGGCAAGACGGAGACGUCUAAGAUUGUACUGCGGUAUCUCACGUCGAGGGAACACUUGGCGCUGACGGUCAACAAGGGGAACGUCGUGCAGCAGGACUUGGCACUCGAGCUGGACAAGCGGCUGUGGGAUACGAACCCCAUUUUGGAAGCGUUUGGCAAUGCCAAGACGCUGCGGAACCACAACUCGUCGCGGUUUGGCAAGUUUAUGAAGCUGCAGUUCAAGCCCGGGGACAAUACGCUGUCUGGCGCGUUUAUUGAGACGUACUUGCUGGAGAAGUUUCGUGUUGUGGCGCAGAUUCCUGGCGAACGCAACUUUCACAUUUUUUACUUUUUGCUGUCCGGUGCAAAUCCGACACUAGCCAGGGAGCUGAAGCUCGAGUCGGUCAACAACUUUGACUACUUGAACCAAAGUGGCUGCGUGUCGGACCCGAACGUAGACGACGAGAUUCUGUUCGACGAAGUAGCAAGUGCGCUUGGCUCGGUAAACAUCGAUGCUGGACUACAGAAGCAAGUCUGGAGGAUCCUGUCGGGUUUGCUGCAUCUGGGUAACAUCCGCUUGGAAGACCGCGAGACGGCGGAGGGUGACGCUGGCGAAGUGACGCUGGAAGCGAAAAAAUACGUGGCGUCGUGUGCGGAGUUGCUUGGCGUGGACAGCAACAAUUUGUUGCACGUGAUCAAUACUCGCGAGAUUUCCACGCGUACCGAGAACUUUACGAUCCGGCGCACAGCGAAGGAGGGAAGUUAUGUGCGUGACGCGAUCGCCAAGUCGAUGUACAAUCGCCUGUUCAAGUGGAUUCUGUACAAGAUCAACGGCUCGCUCGGCCACGGCGACAGUUCGCUCCCGUUCAUCGGGGUGCUCGAUAUCUUUGGUUUCGAGUCGUUUGAGGAGAACGACUUUGAGCAGCUGCUGAUCAACUACGCCAACGAGGCUCUGCAGGCCACGUUUAAUCAGCAGGUGUUCAUUGCCGAGCAAGAGCUGUUUGCAGCGGAGGGCAUUGAAGUUGGCAAGAUUAUUUGGCCCGACAACCGUGAAUGCAUCGACUUGAUCUCGCAGAAACCGAAUGGUAUUUUGCCACUGUUGGAUCAGGAGGCAAAAAUGCCCAAGGCAUCGGAUGAGAAAUGGAAUGCUGCGCUGCACAAGAUGCACGCAAGCCACCCGCACUUUUUGCCUCCUCACGAAAAGGACAAGAAGUACGAGUUUAUUGUGAAGCACUUUGCUACGCGCGUGCCGUAUACGAUUGGCAACUUUAUCGACAAGAACAACGACACGAUUCCGAAAGACCUGGAAGAUUUUGUGACUUCUAGUAAGUCUUCGCUGAUCAAGGAGCUGUUUUCGUCCAAGAUGGAUGUGGAAACGAUGAACGGUGCGUCCAGCAUGAGCCAGAUGCACAAGCAGAGCGUGUCGGCCAAGUUCUGCGACCAAAUGCAAGAGCUGACGGACACGUUGAAUGCGACGCGCUCCAACUUUAUCCGCUGUAUCAAGCCGAACCCGACGAUGACGCCUGGCGUUUUCGACAACGGCUACGUCGUGGACCAGCUGCGCUGCUCUGGUAUGCUGGCGACGUGCGAGCUGCUGAAGGUCGGUUUGCCCACGCGUGUGGCGUAUGAGGAGAUCUGCCGGAUCUACAAGCCCGUGCUGCCGCCAUCCGUCACGCCGAUGUUCAACGCAUACAACGACCGUACUUUUACCGAGGCCGUGUUGUGGUCGUUCCGUGUCGAGUCCGACGCGUACCGUCUUGGUCGCACGAAGGUCUUCUUCAAGACGGGCAAGAUUGCUCUGCUCGACGCGUUGCUAAAGGUUGACAUGAAGAAGAUGGGACCGUGGAUCGUUGCUCGGCUCCGCAAGUGGCUCGCACGUCGCCGUUGGCGUUAUGCUCUGGCCAAGGUACUGGCUCAGCGCGCGUUCCUGCGUCUGCUGGAGGACACUAGACGACGCAAGGCUGCCAUCAUCAAGAUGCAAGCUGUGAUGCGCAUGUUUGCUGUCCGCAAACAGUUUGUUCGCGCUCGCAAUGCGUACCGCCUCAAGAUGCGCCGUAAAGGGCAAGCUCAGAAACACUGGAAGAUGGCUAUCGGUGGCGUGUUGGCCGCCAAUGCAUUCAAGAAGCUGUUGCAACAGACUCGCGAACGCAUGGCCUCUCAGCUUGCUGGACAGCACGCUGCAGCUGUGAAGAUUCAGUCUAUUGUCCGUGGCAAGCUCGGCCGCAAGCAGGCAAACAAGCGUCGCGCUCAGGUGGAAGACGAGAAGAUGCGGAAGAGGCUGCUGGAAGAGAAUGCGCGUCUUGAGGCUGAGAAGAAGAAGUCGGCCAAGCGGCGCUGGAUGUCGGCAUUCUACGUCAUCCAGGCGCAGCGCCAUUUCGUGAAGCGCUUGCACCACAUUCGCAAGGCUCGCCUGGCGGUGGAGGAGGCGCGACGACUUGCUGCCGAGCAGGAGCAGCUACGGUUGCAGCGAGAGGAAGAGGAGCGCCAGCGUCGUAUCCAGGAAGAAGAGGAGGAACGUGAGCAUCAGCGCCAGUUGGAGCUCCGGCGUGCUGCUGCUGCUACUGCUAUUCAACGCGCGUACCGUCGGUCCGUUGGUCGCGAAGAGGCAAGGCGCCAGGCUGCUGUGGAGCGUGCACAAGCAGCUUCACUCGCUGCCGCGAUGGCUGCCCAGGAUGCCGCUCAAGCCGCGCAGGACGCGUCCAUGGCGCACGACGCUGAGGCGGCUGCGCUUCGUAAGUUGAGCGCAUACGACGAGGCCCAGAGAAAAGCAGCUGCAGCUGGUACGCUGGGAGUCGCCCCCGCGCUCGGUGCGCCGGGCAUAGCUGGCGUUGCUGGGAAUGGACCCGCUAUGCUGGGAUCGGUGCAGCCGCUGCAGGCGUCAGCUGGUCAGGCUGGUCAGAUUGGUGCUGUCGGAUCGAUGGGUGUUGCUGGCGCUAUGGUGGGACAGGAGUCACUGCAGAACGCUGACAUGAGCUGGGUCGCUGGUGACAAUGCCAAGAUUGAAGGCGAAGGCGUAGCUGGCGAUGCAUUGCGUCAAGAACAGCUUGCACAGGCGGGUCGCGAUCUCUUCGGCGAAGGGGGUGAGGCACCUGCCGGCCCAGUCAUGUCUGCCGACGACGAGAAUUUGGUCAAUCCGGUCGAGAAGAUUCAGGAGUUCCCGACGGGUCCUCCGAUUCCGUACAAGGGCGGCAUUAUGACGUGCACGAUGCUCGGCCAUCGCAAGCAGCAGGACCAGAACUGGGGCGACGAGUACACAGAGUACGUGCUGCGUGUGACCUGGGGCCGUGACAUUCUCGAACAGUCCAAGACCGCUUGGCUUGUCGGUGGUCGCUACAACGACUUUAAUGCACUUCAUCAAGAGCUGAAAGCUGCUGCGUCGGGUCGUCGCGGCAAGCGUGCACCGUGGUUCCCACGUUUCCCAAAGCGUCACCCGUUCUCGUCGAUGAUCGGCAAGAACCAGGAGGAGAAGUUCAUUAUCAAGCGCGAGAAGGAGAUGAACCGGUACAUGACGCAAGUGCUCACGCAGAUGCCGGACGCUCUGCUCAACAUCCACUUGGACCGUUUCUUGAACCUCACGCUCCGUACCCAAGACAUUUGCGAACGUGAGGCAUACGCUGAAGCGCGUAAGCGGUGGGAAGAGGAAGAGCGUGAGGCGCUGGCCAAUGCUGCCGAUGCAGAGCCGCUGAACGACGCCGAUCUGCAGGAGGUGGAGCAAUUGGUGCACCAGUUGCUGCAGAAGAUCAUCUAUGCUGCUGGUGACGUUCGCCAGGACACGGAGCUGCAGGAGAUGAUCCACGCCGUCAAGGUGUUGCAGCCUCGUGUAGCAGCGUCGGCUCAAAUUGGUGGCAAUGUGAACAUCGAGCUGAUUCCGCUCGCCAUGCAGCUGCAGGACGACAUCCAGGACGCGUUCAACCAGUACAACGACACGCUGCUGGCGCUCCGGCUGGGCCAGGACCUGAACUAG